UCGAGAUGGCCACAGUAACAAGCUCCAAAAGGGCGAGACUUGCGAGCUCGCCAAAAGAAAAGAAGAAAGUAAAACCGGUUGCCCAAAGCGAUCACCAUCUCGUGCCCUCCACUAAGGGCAAGCAAAAAGCAAAACAAUCCACGAAACCUGUUAGUACUCUCCCAACCUUCUUCAAGGUAAUCGCUGGCUCCUACGAAAAACUGCUAUACGGCUUUGAUGGAUCCGUCUCGCUCGAUGAGAUCAAUGAUGGCUACAAGUUCGAGCUGAAACCCAUCUUUAUAUUCCCCGCACAUGUAUCGUGCAUCAAGGCCGUCGCCGCGUCUCCGAACGGGGGAAAGUGGCUUGCUACUGGGAGCGCAGACGAGGUUAUAAAGGUCUGGGAUUUGCGUAGAAAAAAAGAGAUCGGCGGGCUCAUGCACCACGAAGGAUCCAUCACACAGCUUCAAUUCCCCUCUCGCUCGCAUCUUCUCUCAGCGUCUGAGGACGGUACAUUAUGUCUUUUUCAUGCACGCGACUGGGUCGUGCUUCGCACCCUCAAAGGUCACAAGGGACGAGUCAAUUCUACGGCGGUGCAUCCGUCUAAUAAAGUCGCGCUAAGCGUAGGAAAAGACAAUACGCUGCGCAUGUGGGAUCUCAUGCGCGGAAAAGGAUCUGCUAGCACAAAGCUGGGGAAAGAGGGGGAAACCGUGCGGUGGUCAGCGACAGGCUCGUCAUUCGUCGUGCAAUCUCAAAAUACGAUCGAUUUAUUCACAGUCGACAUGGUUCUUCGCCACACAAUCACGCAUCCCUCCCGAAUACAUACAAUUCGGUAUAGUAAACGAGUGAAUGGCUCCGGAGAAUUAUUACUCGUUGGCGCAGAAGACAAGAAAUUGUCGAUCUACGACAUUCCAGAUGACCCAGAAAAAAUGCCCACUGUCAUCGCAGAAAUGACUGGACACUCCAAUCGUGUAAAAGCGGUCGAGAUUCUUCCUCUCGCACUACCCAGAUCAACCAAGGCAAAUGCAUCCCUCUCGACGAUCAUCCUGUGCACCGUCUCAUCUGACGGUAAAAUCCAUAUUUACGACCUGGCUUCACUGCCUGCCGACCAAAAAGCUGGAAGUGAAACGUUGCAGAUACCACCUGUGGCUGAGUACGAUACAAAAGGCACGCGGCUGACGUGUGUGACCAUCGCGGAUGGUGAGGCUCUCGAGCAUGCCAAAAGUGUGAAUGGGAAGCGGAAGCGGGGAGAUGAAGACAGCGAGCAGGAAGAUGAGGAUGAAGGAUGGGGAGCUCCUGAACAAGAAGCAGAGCACGAUGACAGUGGGUGAGGCAGAGUUUUGGUAGGUCCACUAUUAUUGUAUCUUGGCUGCUAUGAACUCAUAAACUCAUC